CACUGAGAAAUGCCAGCUGACCUUUGCAGGCCGAGAACCACCGCUCCCCCUGGGCGGGCCCUGCCUCUCCAGGGAAGCUCAGCAAGGCGUGUCCUCACCACCCUCCCUGGUGCCGGCAGCCGGGCUGGGUUCAGUCACUGGGACUCCUUCAGGGGGUGAGGAGCGCAGGUCGGGAGGCAGGAGCAUGGGCUGGGAGGGCCCCGGGCACCCGGGCCACACGCGCGGGCACCUGCUGCCUCUGGCUGUGAGCUUCCUCCUCCUCGUCUGUGGGCCAGCUGAGACCACGCCCAGAACCUCCGCUCCUGGAAGAGAGAACAACCUGACUGUCACCUCGGCCUCCAGCCCUGAAAGCAGGGUGACCGCUGACGCUCAGGUGUCCUUACCCCACCCAGGACACAGCACCAGCACGGCUGCCCCUGGGGGCUCCAAGCACCCCACGGCACCCCUUCCCAGCACCCCAACAGCCACAGCACAGACCCAGGCAGGCUCAGUUCAGUCCACCAGUGAAGCCCGGCACACGCGGGUAGAGACAAAUCCUAGAGUGGCAUCAAACGUCACGGAAACCGCUGUCAGCCCUUCUCCUGCUGUGGACGUCCCUGGGCUCCCCACUCUGAAGAGCAGCCCCCCCAAAGGAACUUCACCCAGAGAAACCACGGAAGCGAGACAUGGCCCCAUCACCCAUCAGCAGGCUGUCCCCACUGGUAUCACGGUGACAGGAAGCGGCAGUGCGGGGAGCAGCUGGGCCAGGAUCAGCCCCUCCCCAGAAAGCCCAGCCUCCUCUGAGACACCCACAGGUGUGAGUCCGAUGGCAAAAAGUGUCCCCGUCACCUCUGCAGCUGAGACAAGGACAGACACUAGUUCACGUACUCCAGGAGGGACACACUUAUCACCUGAGACCUCAUCUAGAGAGACUCCAGACGCCAGGGAGCCGGCAAGCCCAGAACAGUCUCUGUCCCACACUGGACGUCCCUUGGCCUACCCUGAGCCUGGUUCUGAGGGAGACACCACGCUGACCUCCCGUGUGCCUCUGCUGUCACCUGCUUCAGAUCUGCGUGAUCAAGGGUCAGGCUCCAGCACAUUCUCAAUGCAGAGACUUACCGCUCCCCUGAUCACAGGGACCCCUUACCUCAUGACACCAAGAAAUACAGCAAGUCCUGGAAAAGUCACAAGUCCGACCUCUGCCCAGGCCCAUCCCUCUCCCUCGGGGGAAGGGACUGUGGGGACGCUGCCCACCCUCAGCACCUCCCCGGAAGCCCCAGACUCAGCCAGGACUCUGGCUUUGGAGCUGUCAGGUGGCCCCACAGCCCUCAGCACCACCAGCAUCUCCAGAGUGAAACUUUCCCUUUCUCCAUCGCCCUCCUCUGCCUUGGAGACCCACACAGACUCAGCGGGCCCUGAGUUUCCUACAACUUCUUGGUCAUCCCGGACCUCCCCCUUUACCUCCGUGGCAGCGAGGUCACAGACCCACACGAGCACACUUCAUUAUCCCACUGCCCUUCGCAACAGUGCCUGGCUGGAGACCAGUCCCAGCCUUGAGACAAAGUCCCCUCUGGCACCAAGUGCCAUUCCAGCCGCUGCCACUCCUCCUGCUGCGACGGGUGUGGCUCCAAGACCGAGUGUCCUAAACACCAGCUCCAUAGGAGGAAUGUCUCCGAAGGAACCUUCAACGGCCAUGUUCCCAACACAGAACACGAGAGGCCCAGCCGCCGUUGGUGCUGCAGCUUCCAGCAGGGUGCAACCCCCGAGGGGAGAUGGCGGCGACCAAAAGUUGGGAACUACCCAGCUUCUCCCUGGAACCCCAUCUCCAUCUGAGACAUCCAUGUCCUCCUCACCUAGGAAGACCCCAGCCAGUACCAAUACGGGGAAGAGCCCCACCAUUGCCCCGGGUACGUCAGCCCCAUCAGUGGGGUCAAAAGAUGGUACAGUCUCUCCAUCCAGCCCCCCGCCAGCAUCAGCAGACUCCUCGAGCUUCAGCCUUGGAGUGCACACCCGUUCAGAGCGUCCCAGCGCAGUGGUGGAAACCGGCUCUGACCCACCCCUCACCUCCGCCUCCAGGAAGACCACCACGGCUGUAUCAAUAGCAAAAAUGGACACGAAGGAAACGUCUGACUCUUCUGGAUCACCCCCCGAGAUGUCCGUUCCCGGAAAGACCAGCCCCCGUGGUACCUCCUACGUCACCCCUCUGGGUCUCAGAGCGACACAAACAGCUCAUGUCACCUCCUCCCGCCCAGUGAAGGAGCUCAGAACUGUGGACACCUAUGUAAAAACAGAGUCUGCCAGCCCAGUGACUCACCCUGAAAACCCCCAAACCCCAAGGCUACCUGGUCCCACCCUCCCAGCCACAAUAGCAGGGACCAGCACAGACACAGCUGAACGCUCCACUGCAUCCCAGGGCCCAGAUCUGGCAGAAAAGUCCCCUGGAUUCGGGACACAGUCAACCCCAGGACCAGCAUCUAGAGUGGCCACUGCCUCCCCUACCUCCAGAAACAGCACCUGGGAACUGACCUCUGAUGCCGCAGGUGAGUCCUUGACCCCAACGACCAAUAAGGAGAACACAAUCACUUCUUGGCUGUGGGCUCUCACUACGUCUCUCCCUGUGGCCACGUGGCUAAGCACGAGCUCCACGGAGGACACAGCCUCGACUACGCCUGACAUCUCAAGUCCAAGUUCACCCAAGAUGUUUGCUACAUCUACACCUGUACCUUCCUAUGAACUUUCAGGUGUGGGGGUAGACAGCAGUGCUCUCCCAGAAAAGGAUUUGACCUCUGUGGGCCAGCCCUUGGGAGGGGGUACAGACACGGCCUCCCAGCAGCUCACCGUGGGCCCAGAACCUAGUGCACCGACGUCAUUGAUCUAUCCAUCCCCCGAUAUCACAACCAGAGAUGUCACAACCUGGGGGACAAGAGGCAGCACUGGUGUGUCUAAAUCCAGACUUCCAGACCCCCCCAGCACAGAAGCUGUGCAGAGCGCAUCGCCACCCCUCCCCGCUACUCCAACGACAGAGCCCACCUCCCCAGCGGCACUCACCGCUUUGACAUCCGAGAAGGGAUUCACAGCUUCAGAGGCAGCAAGACGGGUCAGCUCCAUGUCUCGAGCUGAGACAAGCUCACCCCCACGGUGGUCUACCGAGGCUCAGCAUCUCACUGCCCACUCUGUGGAAACCAGCAGAGGGGUGACUCGGACAUCUGGCCACGGAAAAGCCACAGCCGAACUGGGAACAAGUUUAGCUGUCAAAGGGAAUUCAUCUCUGUCUUUAACUCCUAGCACUCCUCGAAGGCAAAGCAGCCCCUGGUCAGAAUCUUCAGUGACCAUAAGCAGAUUGGGGCCAGGAUCCUCUUCUUCAGCCUCUGCUGUGUCCCCCGAGGUGACCACUGCAUUGGGCAUUUCCCCCACAAUGGGGGAAACCGCUUCCUCCUCGGUGUCUGUACUGCAGGGCACGAGAUCUUCCUCGUCUCCUCCAGGGGCCACAUCUUCCGUGGACACUGGGGAGGAUGCGGGGACAAGCUCUACCAUGUCACAGUCCAGCUCAUCCUCUGGAUGGGGCGUCAGUUCCUCUUACACAUCCCUUCCCGUUAGCAACAGCCCUGAUUCUUCUGAUCUGUCCCCCACAGCAGUGACCCGGGCCUCUCCCUUAGACCCUACAGUCUCAACUUGGGUCUCUUCUUCAGCAUUUACCAACAUUCUGGCACAGACCAGCCACCCCUCUGCCAAGACUAGAAACCCAGGGCUAGAGGACAGCAGCCUCGGAGUGGAGACUGACCUGGCCAGAACCUCAUCAGGACUCUUAACCUCUUCUGAAGCCGAGACAGAGCCCCCCUGGACAUCCACCUCUGUACCGUCAGGGGCCCCGCUCCACAGAGGCACUGAUGGGAAUGUGGUGUCCAUUACUAACUUCCCCUCAUAUGAAAGUUCCUCAUCGCUGAACACUGAUCCUUCAACAUCCAUGACCGUGGAUGACCCUACAGGGACUCAGGACUCUGUGACAACCCCCACUGAGGAGCUGAGUGAGGGAACAAAUGGAGGCACCACGUGGUCACUGGGUGACCCUACAUCUCUGGUGACGAUCAUCAGACUGGCUUCAUCUGGAAUUCCAGGAGCCAGCUUAGCCACCUUCUCAACCAGUCCCUAUUGGAGGACAGAACCAGGCCCUGGAGAUGCUAUGCCCACCAUUGCGGAGAACCUGCCUUCAUCAGCUUCAAUACCAUUCCCCUCUUCGACCUUCACUACUGCUUACUCUUCAACCAACCCAGCCCCCCAUAGGAUUACUUCCUCACUCAUUACCCAACGUAUGGGGGGCACCAACACUGGGGCAGAGAGGAGCACUGCCAAAGGACCCUUGAUUGUGGCCAGUACUUUGGAGACAUGGACUGAGCCAGUCAGGACAUCUUUAUCAUCCAUUAUGGAUACCAGAAUGACAGAGCAUACUCACUUGGGAACAGUGACACAUGCCUCUCAACUUCCUUCACGAUCAACACAGUUGACAAGGACAGAUGGCAUUGUGGAGCCGAUCACAAAGAAGCCCAAUGAGGCAGCCCAUGGAGGAGCCACAGGACCAGCCCAUGUCUCUGUGACACUCACAUCAUCUGCUAGUCCAAAAGGACCACCAACAGAGUGGACAGAAAGCGCAGAAAUCACAGCUCUGAAGACCACCUCUACAGCAACUUUGACCACUACAGUCUCCACUCCCACUUCCGGAAUGCUGACUCUCCUCAGGACAUCAGGUAAAAUGGCCAGCACAAGCACAAGAGGAACGAUCUUUACAACCCCAGAUGUUUCCCCUGAUGUUCUAGAGAUGACAGCCUCACUGGCCACUACACCUGGAGCAGAUACCAGCACAGAGCUUCCCAGGACAACUUCAUCUGUUUUCAAUAGAGGGUCAGAAACCACACCCUCACUGGUCCCUAGUUCUGGGGCAAAGAAUAGUACCGCUAUUCCAACUCUGACUGUCUUCCCUAGUGUACCAGAAAUGGCAACCUCACUGGCAACAAGUCCUGGGGCAGAGAAAAGUAUGGUCAUUUCAACUCUAACUGAUUCCCAAGAUGAACCAGAGACCUCUGCCUCAUGGGUCACCCAUCCUGUGGUGCAGAGCAGUUCAUCCACUCCAACUCCAAAUGUCUUCCCUGGUGAUCCAGGGCUGGUGACCUCACUGGAUGCUAGUUUUGCAGCAGAGACCAGCCCAGCUGGUCAAACUCUGACUAUUUCUCCUGGUAAGCCAGAAAGAACAGUCUCAUUGAUUACACGUCCUGAGUCACAGACUGGUUCAGCCAUUCCAACUCCAACCAUCUCCCCUAGUGUAAUAGGAGUAGAAAUCUCACCAGUCACCAAUUCUGAGGCAGAAGACAGUACAGCAUUUAUAACUCUGACUGAUGAACUAGAGGCAACAGCCUCACAGGUCACCCAUGCUGGAACAGAAGCCAUUUCCACUGUUGGAGCUUUGACUGUUUCCCCUGGUGAGCCAAAUACAAGAGCUUCAUGGGCUCAUUCCACAGAGAACAGCACACCUGUUUCCAGAAUAACUCCGGAUUUUUCUCAAAGUGAACUAGACACCACACUCUCAAUGUCCACCACUCCUAGGGCAGAAGCUAGUUCAGCCACUCCAACAAUCACUGUCUUACCUGGUGUACCAGAUAUGGUGACCUCACAGUUCACUAGUUCUGGGACAGAUGCCAGUACAACCUCUUUGACUCUGACUGAAUCCCUGCAUGAAUCAGAUACAACAGUCACUUAUCCUGCAACAUCCAGCCCAACAGUUCCUGGGACAACCCCCCAUGUUUCCCAUAGGGAAUCAGACAGCAUGCCUUCAACAGCCACCAGCCUUGAGACAGAAGCCAGUUCAGCUGCUCCAACUACACCUAUCUCCCUUGGUGUACCAGACAUGGUGACUUCACAGGCCACUAGUUCUGGAACAGGUGCCAGUACGGUUCCUUCACCUCUGACUCUUUCUGCUGGCAAACCAGUAAGCACAGUCUCAUGGGUUAAUCAUGAUGGAGCACAGACCAGUUUUUCCGUCUCAACUCCAACUGUCUCCCCUGCUAUAUCAGAGGUGGGGACCUCACUGGUCACUAGUUCUGGGGCAGAGACCAGUGCAACUUUUCUAACUCUUACUGAUUCCUUGCAUGAUUCCGAGACAACAGCCUUAUGGGUCACUCAUUCUGCAAAGACCGGCACAUCUGUUUCCAGAACAACUCCACACCGUGAAUCAGACAUCUCAUUCUCAACAGCUACCACUCCAGGAGCAGAGAUCAGUUCACCUUCAGCUACAACUGUCUCACCCACUGUGCCAGGAUUGGUGACUUUAUUGGCUACCAGUUCUGAAGCAGAAGCCAAUACAACUCUCUCAACUCUGACUGAUUCAUUGCAUGAACUGGAGACCACAGCCUCAUGGGUCACCCAUUCUGAGAAAAAAGCCAGUUCAGCUUCUCCACCUCUUUCUGUUUCCCCUGAGGAGCCAGAAACAGCAGUCUCAUUGGUCACCCAUUCUGCAGAGACCAGUCCAGCUAUUCCCAAGGCAACCCCCAGUUUUCCCCAUAGUGAAUCAAGUACCACACACUCAAUAGCUACCAGUUCUGGGGCACAGACAAUUUCAGCAAUUCUAACUCCAGCAGGCUCCCCUGGUGUAUCAGGGGUGGAAAUCUCACUGAUUACAAGUUCUGAGGCAGAGACCAGUACAACUCUUACAACUCUCACUGUUUCUCCAGGUCAACUGGAGACCACAGCCUCAUUGGUCACCCAUUCUGAGAAAGAAGCCAGUUCAGCUGCUCCUACUCUUACUAUUUCCCCCGAGGAGCCAGAAACAGCAGUCUCAUUGAUCACCCAUCCUGCAGAGACCAGUCCUACAGUUCCAAGGACAAUACCCAGUGUUUCCCAUAGUGAAUCGUAUACCACACCCUUAGUGGCCACCAGCCAUGGGGCAGAAGUCAGUUCUGUUGUUCCAACUCCAACUGUUUCCCCUGGUGUACCAGAUAUGGUGACCUCACAGGUCACUAGUGCUGAGAAAGAGGCCAGUAUGACUAUCUCGACUCUGAAUCUUUCUCCUAUGGAGUCAGUGACCACAGCCAUGAUGGUUACUCAUUCUGGGGCACAGACCAGUUCAGCCAUUCCAGCUCCAACUGUCUCCUCUACUGUGCCAGAGCUGGUGACUUCAAUGGUCACCAGUACUGGGAAAGAAGCCAGUACGAGUUUUACAACUCUUACUGUUUCUCCAGGUCAACUGGAGACCAUGGCUUCAUGGGUCACCCAUUCUGGGACAGAAGCCAAUUCAGCUGUUCCAACUCAGACUGAUUUUACACAUAAGCCAGAUAUAACAGUCUCAUUGGUCACCCAUUCUGAAGAGACCAGCCCAAACACCUCUGUCCCCACAACACCUCUGGUUUUUUCCAAAAGUGAACCAGAUACCAUACACUCAAUAGCCACCAGUCUUGGGGCAGAAGUCAGUUCAGUUGUUCCAAGUACAACCAUCUCCCCUGGUGUACCAGAUAUGAUGACCUCCCAGUCCCCUAGUUCUGAGACAGAUGCUGAUAUAACUAUUCCAAGUCUGGCUCUUUCUCCUAGUGAACCAGCAACCACAGCCUUAUUGGUCACCCAGUACAGUACAAAGACAAUCACGAAUUUUCCUAGUUCAACUGCUUUUCCUCACUUACCAGAGACCAUAGCCUCACUAUCCAUCCGGCCUCAGCUGGAGAUUAGUGCAGCUCUUCCAACUCAGACUGUUUCCCCCAGUCCAGCAGAAAUAACAUCCUUCACCACACCUGUGACCAAGACCAGUGGAGGUGAUCUAGGUCCAACUAUCUCACUUGGUGUUCCUGCGGAAACAGCCUCACUCUCCACCCAUAUUGGCACAGACAUCAGCACAGCUAUUUCAACCUCAACUCUUUCCCCCAUUUUACUGGUGACCACAGGCUUACUGGCCUCCAGCCCUGCAUCAGAUGCCAGCACCAGUAUCCCAACUUUGACUCCUGGUGUUCUUGGGCCUGUCAGUACCCCUGCAACCACUGGUGAAACCUCACCACCUGUGACUUCAGUUGGAUUCCCUGAAUUGUCCAAAACUGUGACUCUGAUAGCAUCAGAGACCCCAACACCACCGAAAACUGGUCACAGAGAAGGACUGAGUUCAACCACUGUCCUAAAAACUACAACCCUUGAGACCACCAAUGUAGCUGCUACAGGUUCAGGUUCAGGCCCCAUCAUGGCAGAGAACACAACCUUCAGUACAUCAGCAGGAAGUCCCUUUGUCCCUGAGACCUCACCUGGGAUGUCCACCAUGACCUCUCUCAGUGUGACUUCAGAAACAGCUGCAGUUCCUAUCUUGAUGCCUUUUACUGUCAACUUCACCGUCACCAACCUGUACUACACAGAGGACAUGGAAAACUCAGGCUCUGAGAUAUUCAAUGCUACUGAGAGAAACCUGCAGCACCUGCUCAGGACUUUGUUCAAAAACAGCAGCAUUGGUUCGCUCUAUGCUGGCUGCAGGCUGACCUUGCUCAGGGCUGAAAAGGAUGGAACAAGCACCAGAAUGGAUGCAGUCUGCACCUACCACCCAGAUCCCACAGGCUUUAGGCUGGACAGAGAGCGGCUGUACUGGGAGCUAAGUCAGCAGACCCAGGGUGUCGCUCUGCUGGGCCCUUACACCCUGGACAGGGACAGUCUCUGGGUCAAUGGUUAUAACCCUCAGUACUGGAUCUCCACCACCAGCCCUCCGAUGACUUCUACAUUCUCUCCAGGACUUCCUACUUCUCUACCUCCCACCUCCAGCUCUACAGCUGCAGGUGUGGGUCCUGAACUGGUGCCAUUCACCCUCAACUUCACCAUCACCAACCUGCUCUGCACCCCAGACAUGAGGCGCCCAGGCUCCAUUAAGUUCAACUCCACUGAGAGGGCCCUGAAUCACCUGCUUGGUCCCUUGUUCAAGAACACCAGUAUCGGCCCACUGUACUCUGGUUGCAGACUGACCUUGCUCAGCACUGAGAAGGACGGAGCAGCAACUGGAGUGGAUGCCAUCUGCACCUACCGUCCUGACCCCACGGGCCCCAGGCUGAACAGAGAAGAAUUGUACCAGGAGCUGAGUCAGUUGACCCACAGUGUCACGCGUCUGGGCACCUACACUCUGGACAGAGACAGUCUCUAUGUCAAUGGUUAUAACCAUCGGUACUGGACCCCUACCACCAGCACUCCAGUGACUUCCACAUUCUCUCCCGAAUCUUCCACAACUCUGUCCCCCAUCCUCAGCUCUACAGGUGUGAGCCUGUCUCUGGUGCCCUUCACCCUCAACUUCACCAUCACCAGCCUGCGCUACACAGAGGACAUGGGAUCCCCAGGAUCUCAGCUAUUCAAUUCCACAGAGAGGACCUUGAAUCGUCUGCUCAAACCCUUGUUCCAGAACAGCAGUAUUGGGCCUCUCUAUUACAGCUGCAGGUUGACGUUGCUCAGGUGAGAACUCCAGGGUCCA